AGUCGUGCAAAAUGGAAGUUCAGCAUGACACGCUUCGUAGAGGUCUGAAAAAUGUGAGGGAUAACUUUCUGAAAUUUGGUUUCUUAAAUAUUGAUUGGUGCAAUGCAACUCAAAGCAAAGAUUUUUCGGAUGCUGAUGUGAAUUACAGGGUUAUGAGAGAAUACGUCGAUAAAUGGCCAAGGGUACUCUGUUUUCACUUUACAGAUUUGUUCAAUGAUGGAAUUAAGAUGUUAUGUGAUUUACAAAAUGACUAUGGAAAGUUUGAAAAACUGCAAUUACACGAAAAGAAGGCAGUCCAGCGCCUGUAUGAUUUCUUUACAGAUUUAGGUUCUCAUGAGGAGAAUCUUAAAAAAGUGCUUGGAAAAAGCCCAGUUACAGAGACAGACAUAUCAGUAGCAUUGGCUGAACAUCUCUUAGGAAAGCUUUCAUCAGACUGUACAUAUGUCAUUGAUCACAAAUUAGCAAAAGGAAAAGGAACAUGCAAAUGUGGAUGUGAAAAACUGCCACAUUUCGGAAAUACAGGCAUUGGUCAUGAAGCUGUAUGGCAUGGACAUAUUGAUGUUGUCUUCUCAUCUCAUCUUGACCAACCUCCCUCAGACAUAGCUAUAAAAACUAUUGGUAAAUGUGAACCAGAGGUGCCUGCAAAGGAAGAAGAUGAAGAAGAAACCUGUUGCUCACCUCCUGAAAAAAAGAGAAAAAGAGAAGGUAAUUUGGAAGAAACCAAAGAAUCUACUGGUGGGAAAUCUAUUGCUGAUGUGAAACAUUCACCAUUAGAUGGUGCAAGAAAACAGACAAUUGCACAAACAAUUGUCUUUUCCCUACUUCAAAAGCAGAACCAUCCUGAUUUGAAAAAUCUCCUUGUUCCAAAUAUUUUGAUUUCUCCAGAAGAGAUGCAGAUAAUAAUGUAUGAUGCAAAAAAUGAUGUGCUACUCUGUAGUAACGUGAUUAAACUAUUUAUCUGUAAUGAAUUUUGCCUGGGGGCGGUCAUCAUAUUGUGGAUGGUACUUCAUUAUGGGAUGUUCCUCAAUGGGCUUCUUAUUGACAAGCUUCCAAUGCUUGAUGAGUACAAAUCUCAUUUUAAAGAACUCACACAGGCAAAAUGGAACAUAUAUUCAAACUUAUUGAAAGGUUGUGUUUCUAACUUUCCAGUGAUUGAAUAUGAAGGACUUGACUUUAAUGUGGAUUUUUUUUUCUGUGCUAAAAAUGUACUUGAUAAUGAAGAACAAGUUUAAACCAAAGGUUCAACAAGCUUUUAUGAUUAAAAAUUUUCCUGACUUCU